UGAAGGUGUGGGGGGAAACAGACAAUGCAUUUGUUUAGUGCUCAUGUUUGUUAGCCUACUGUGUAAUAAUUAGCUGACUUUUUUUGGUGGAUUUGUGGAUCCAGCGAGUGUUCUUCAGAAACGUUCCAUAAUCAGCAAAGGAAAGCAGAAGUAAACUCUCCCACUGGCUCUGUCGCCUACAAGCUCAUUUUUAUUAUCCAACCUGAAACAAUGAAUACAUCUGUUGGAGAUUUCCCUGGCAACUGCAGUACCCCAGCAGACUACCAGUUCUACCUCUUCCCAGCCGUCUACAGUCUGGUGAUGGCACUGGGCCUGCCAGGAAACGUGGGAGCCCUCUACAUGUUCAUCUUCAAGAUCACUCCCCGCACCUCAUCUAACGUGUACGUGAUCAACCUGGCCCUCGCCGAUACCGCCAUCCUCUGCACCCUGCCCUUCAAGAUCCACUACUUCCUCAACAGAAACGACUGGGUAUUCGGAGACAUGGCAUGCCGCAUUACAGGAACAAUGUUCUUCGCCAAUAUCUACAUCAGCAUCGCCUUCAUGACCUGUAUCUGUGUGGAUCGAUACACGGCCGUCACACAUCCUCACAUCUAUCUGAGGCUCCGGAACUCGUGUUAUACUGUAGUGGUGAGUGUGGCGGUGUGGGUGGUGGCGGGGGUGGCUGUUCUGUCCUUCAUCCGAGUGGGACCUCUGGACAGCAAACCUGGCGGAGGUCGCCCCCAGCGCCGUAGCUGCUUUGAGAACUUUUCAAAGCACGAGUGGGACAGGCGUGUGGCGCCGUACAGCUUAUUCAGUCUCGUCUUCGGCUCGCUACUGCCCUCUGUGGUCAUCCUGGUGUGUUACCCUCUGGUGGCACGGCGCAUCGCUCUCAUCCGGACCAACACGGCCCGCGGAGCCCUGAGAGUCAUCUACACCAUCCUGGCUAUCACCCUGCUCUGCUUCCUGCCGUACCAUGUGGUUCACUUCCUGCACCUGCUCCGCCGUCAAGGGGCCAUCCAUCACUGUCCCCAUGCCAAUGCCAUCUACAAUGCCCGGCAGGUGACUUUGGCUCUGGUCAGCCUCAACAGCUGUCUGGACCCCCUGCUCUACUACUUCACCACUAGUCACUGUAAGUGGAGUCCCUCCAUGGCCUGGUUCAGAUGGAUUUGGGCCAGGAGGAAUAGGGGGCUCUAUACCAUUGCUGUGGGACAGUGACUGGUUUGGAUAAACUAGCUCCAACUGUAUCCAAUCAGCUAAUGUAAUUGUAUGCUUUUUAUAUUCUACUCACAAACUCUGAAGCCAAUUGAUGAAGCAAUUUUUUGUCAUCGUAAACCACCAACCUUUGCAUACAUGUAGAGUUGAAGUUGGAAGUUUACAUACACCUUAGCCAAAUACAUUUAAACUCAGUUUUUCACAAUUCAUGACAUUUAAUCCUAGUAAAAUUCCCUGUCUUAGGUCAGUUAGGAUCACCACUUUAUUUUAAGAAUGUGAACUGUCAGAAUAAUAGUAGAGAGAAUGAUUUAUUUCAGAUUUUCUUUCAUCACAUUCCCAGUGGGUCAGAAGUUUACAGGCACUCAAUUAAUUCCUCUUGACAGAGCUGGUGUAACUGAGGCAGGUUUGUAGACCUCCUUACUCGCACCCGCUUUUUCAGUUCUGCCCACAAAUGUUCUAUAGGAUUGAGGUCAGUGCUUUGUGAUGGCCACUCCAAUACCUUGACUUUGUUGUCCUCAAGCCAUUUUACCACAACUUUGGAAGUAUGCUUGGGGUCAUUGUCCAUUUAGAAGACUCAAUUGCGACCAAGCUUUAACUGAUGUCUUGAGACGUUGCUUAAAUAGAUCCACAUAAUUUUCCUACUUCAUGAUGCCAUCUAUUUUGUGAAGUGCACCAGUCCCUCCUGCAGUAAAGCACCCCCACAACAUGUGCUUCACACCCGUGUGCUUCACGGUUGGGAUGGUGUUCUUCGGCUUGCAAGCCUCCCCCUUUUCCUCCAAACAUAACGAUGGUCAUUACGGCCAAACAGUUAUAUAUCUUUGUCCCCAUGUGCAGUUGCAAACCGUAGUCUGGCCUUUUUGAAGGUAGGCCUUGAAAUACAUCCACAGGUACACCUCUUAUUGACUCAAAUUAUGUCAAUUAGCCUAUCAGAAGCUUCUUCAGCCAUGACAUCAUUUUCUGGAAUUUUCCAAGCUGUUCAAACGCACAGUCAACUUAUUGUAUGUAAACUUCUCACUUAUAAUUCACUGUAUCACAAUUCCAGUUAUAAGUGAAAUAAUCUGUCUGUAAACAAUUUUGGGAAAAAGUUAUUGUGUCAUGCACAAAGUAGAUGUCCUAAACGACUUGCCAAAACUAUAGUUUGUUAACAAGAAAUUUGUGGAGUGGUUGGACAACGAGUGUUAAUGACUCCAACGUCAGUGUAUGUAAACUUCCGACUUCAACUGUAUGUAUUCAAGCUUUGUACAAUAGACAUACAAACCUUUACAGAAAGCUACACUGAACAAUGGGAUCAUAUUGAAGACAAUCGCGAUGGAAGUCCUUUCUUCAGCAGAGUAGACAGAAAGCUCCCCAGAUCUUCAACCUACAAAUAAAGCCAGGUUGACAUCAUUUGGAUUGAAAUAAACUCUCUGAGAAUGUGAUGGAGUAGUUUGACUUGUGAUUAGUAAAUCUGCUCUAUCAGGAAACAUACUAACCUAAAGUGUAUUUUGAUCAUAUCAUUGACAUUUAUACAGUGUUUAUCUAAAAAGGGUUAGAUUCUAAAAGGUUCUGGCUUGUGGUCGCUACAUGUACAGCUGUAGUUAGAUGUUUUUGGUCAAAUAAAAAGAAGUGCGUCACAGGAUAUGGCGACGAUGACUCAAGUUAUAGAAACCCCAGGACUCUUUAAGGUUGUGGGCUGCGCCAUAAUGUGUAUAGUGCAACAGGGUUCAGGCUUUUCAGUGGUGCAACUGGCUAGUACGUUGUCGAACAGGCGGUCACUCGUGUUUGCGAUGCAGACCCUGGUUCAAGCCAUGUAUGGACAGUGUACCCAGACAUACUGCUAAGCAGACACUGUGGUCUGGCACAAUAACACUCAUUUCCAACACCCAUCCUCCUUACCUGAUAGGUCUUCAGCUGACGAGCCUGGGAGGUGCUGGAUUGUGUAACCUUUCAGUAGACUAGAACAGAGGCAAUACAGAGAGAAAUGGGAGAAUGAAUCAUUCAUAUUAGUCCUCUUACUGUAACUUUUUUUUGUGAUACAUGUAUACUUUUCUUUGCUCAAGACAUAGAACAAACUUUGUACAUUUUAUGCCCAAACUUUACCCAAAUAAGAAUAAAAAUGGUCGACUUUGUCUUACUGUACCUAUUGAAGUGUGUGUAGAUCCUGAUGGGGGUGUCGGGGUCACUGUGCGUGUCAUUGGGCUGCACUCGGCAAGUGAAGCGGAGCUGGUGCAUCUUGAGGCCCAGCUCAUUAAGAGCUUGCUCUGGAGAGACCAGCCGAAGACUCUACACCCAGGGAGAGCAGGGGAUCAAAUGGGGGAGAAGUGAUCCAAGGGCAAUAAUAGGACAAAAACCUGCAAGGCCAAAGGCAGAGAAUAAAGCACCCUGAAUUACAAACACUAGCAACUGGUCAUCUAAAUUGUUAAGGUUUUAAAAACAAUUGUAAUAAAUGCAACAUUCUUGGACAAUGCAUGAAGAUACUCCAAACUAUUCAAUUUUUUGUCAUUUGUCAGAUAUCGACUGAAUUCUAGCACAUAAAACAUUUUACUGGUAAGUACAAAUAAUGAAUGGAAUUCAGUGAUUCGGGUGGGAAAUCAGGUAUUCAAUUCACUCUCAAAUGUCACUUCUUUUUGUCUUAGAAUGCACUCAUGUAUACUUUUUCUUAUUGAAUCAAGUCUUUUUUGUGUGUGUGUUAAAA